AAAAUACUGCCCUUUAAGAAAAUAAUUUAUAAUAACAAAUACAAGAAAAAGUAAAUCAUGCCUCAUUGGCAAUCUUCUAUGCCAUUUGGACAAUUAGAAUACGGACCACUGCCACCAAGAAAUAGACCACCGGGUUGUAAGCCAUCUUUUCUACCACCAUCUGGGCACUGGCCCCCAAGUCCACCACCUUCAGGGAGUUGGCCGCAACACCCAUCACACCCCGGGAGCCGGCCACCAAGUCCACCACUCUUGGAUAGUUGUUCUCCAUGUGUACCACCCACAUGUAGUUGGCCUCCAAUUUCAUCAUCUCCGGAGUUCUGGCCGUCACAUCCACCAUCCUUGAGGAGCUGGACACCAGGUCCACAACCCCUUGGGGGCUGGUCGCCUUGUCCACCACCUCUACUUAGGAGUUGGCCGCCUUUCCAACCAACACCCGAGCACUGGCCCCAAGGUCCACCACCCUUGGGGAGUUGGUCACAAGGUCCACCACCCAUGGGCAGCAUGCCGAUAAAUCCAUCAUCUUUCGAGAGUUGGCCAUGUCCACCAUAUUCGGGAAGCUGGGAACUAGGUCCACCAAGCCUAGGGAGUUGGCCACGAAGUCCACCAGUCCCUAGGAGCUGGCUGCCUUUUCCACCUCCUCCAGAGAAUUGGCUGCAUGGUGCACCACCACUUAGUUAUAUGCAAUCAGUUAGCUCAUCCGGUCCACCAUGUCCUGCUUUCAUGCCAUCGGGAUGUCCACUUGGCUCUAUUCCAUUUAUAAGGCCACCUGAAACUAUAAAUUUGGCACCAAAGAUGGAAGAAAAAGAAAAACCUUUGACUAAACUUGGUCGCAAUGACAGAACAAAACCUUACGACUCAGAAGAAAUCAAGUCUACACUUGUACCCGGUGACUCAAGUAGCUCUGGAAAACAACCAGCCAAUAAAGAUCCUCCAAAACUAACACUAAAUCAAGAUGACAAAGCAAAAUCUUUGACGAAACAUGGUAGCAACAACGGAACAAAAUCUGACGCCUUUGAUGAGGUGAAACCUCCAACUAAAUCUAGGGAGUACAGUAAUCUAGGAACACCACUAGCCAAUACAGGUCCUCUAAAUCAAGUACAAAAUUCCGAUGUACCGGAAAAGCUUUCAAAUAAACCCAGUGAGAAUGUCAAAACAGAAUAUCCAACUAAACGUGGAAUCUCCUUUGAAGUGAAACCUCCAACUAUAUUUAGUGACUCUAGUAAUUCUGUAGCAUCACCAGCCAGUAAAAAUCCUCUAGAACGAGAACUAAAUUUAGAAGACAAAGGAAAAACUUCGACUAGACAUGGUGGCAUCAACGAAACAAAAUCUCCUACUAAAUAUGAUGGUUUUGAUGAAGUGAAACCUAUAACUAAACCUGGUGGAUCUAUUACUUAUGGAAUGCCACUAGACAAUAUAGAUCUUUCAGUGCUGGCAUCAAAUCCGAACGACAAAGAAAAAAUUUCGGAUGAGCUUGGUGACAAACCAAAGCUAGGUGGAUCUGAUGAAGUGAAGCCUCCAACUAAACCCGGUGGCUAUGAUAAUUCUGGAAUGUCGCCAACCAAUACAGAUCCUUCAAAACUGGCACCAAAACCAUAUUAUAAAGAGAAGUCUGUGACUAUUCUUGAUGGCAAAGACCAAACAAAAUCUUCAACUAUGCUUGAUGGAUCUAAUGAAGUGAAAUCUCUGACUAACGUUGGUAGCAAGGAUGAAACAAAACCUCCAACUAAACUUGGUGGUAGUGACAAACCAAAACCGUUACAUUGGUUUCUGAUCCGCAAGUCUAGUCAGGGAAAGUAGUCAUAUGAGAUCAGCAUUCAUAAAUUUUAGAACUCAUAUUGAAAAUAAAGUUUGUAUUAAGUAUUUUAAUUGUUGGCCUUGCAUGAAAAAAGCUAAUGUCCAAUACUUUACUACAAGCUUGCUUUACUAGAAACAUAUUGUUUGCAUGAAUAAAAAAUUACAAUGAGAUAACU